AUGUACUCCUACAGACAAACAGCCGCUCCUUCUCGGCGCCGCAGAAGACCUAGAUACUUCACUAAGGACAUUGAAACUUUGUUAUAUGCUUUGGGCGAUGGUCCUGUCUCGCUAGAUUCCACAGUUAACUGCUUGGAGGAUUGUCUAGUGGAGUAUCUCUCCGACAUGAUGCACGAAACUUCACAAUUUGCCAAAUCUCAAGGCAGAUCCAAGAUCAAGCAGGACGAUUUGCCUUUUGCUCUUCGAAAUGACCCCAUGAAGCUCGGAAGAUUGGAGGAUAUCAAGGAAUUGCUUAAUAAGAUCACCAGAGCUAGAAACAUGUUGGACGAGUCCGCCACGGCCACUCUGGAGUAUUUGGAUGAUGAAGACGAGGAAGAAGGAGAAAAGAAGCCCCGUAAAGGGAAGAAGCGUGGUCGCAAGAAGAAGGUACAACAAAAUACAGCAAACGAUUCCAACGAAAGCGAGUAA